AUGGCUGAGGAGGCCAUGGAGCCUGACAAGGUGGACAUCACCGGGCUUUGUCGGGAUGUGUUCUCCAAAAUGGUCACGUACCUGAUGGGCGAGCUGACCGGCUAUCUGUCAGCCACCAGUGAAGACUAUAAACUUCAGGAAAAUAUGAACAAACUGGCUAGCUUGAAGUAUCUAAAAAUGAAAGAUAUUGCAGUAAACAUAAGGAGAAACCUAAAGGAUUUAAACCAGAAAUCUGCAGCACUUCAGCCUUACCUGGUUCAGAUCACUUUAAUUGAGGAGCAAAUGGUAGCUCUUGAGCAGGCAGACACCAAGUUGGAUGCAUAUUGA